GGCCAAAACUAAUCAAUUAAACAACAUACAAUUGGAAAUUACAAACCUUAAUCACGAAGUUGACAAAGUACUUCGAGAAAAGGGAAUGUCUCAACAAAUUGUUCAGCAAAUGGAAGGAGAAAAUGAUUGGAUUGCACAUCAAAAGCAUCGUUUUGGUGAAGUAAAUUCUCCAUAUGAUUUUGAGAAUAAUAGUCCAAAUGAGUGUAAAAAAAUGUUACAACAAUUACAAGAAAAACACAAUAGUAUACGAAAAAAAAUCAAUACUAAAGUAAUGAAUAUGAUUGAUGGGGUGGAACAAGAUGAAGCUACUUUAAAAAAAAUGUUGACAACUGUACAAAAAGAUAAGAAAAAAAUUGAGAAUACUAUUGUUGAACUUGAUAAAUAUAAAAAUGAUGCAGUAUCAAAAACCUGGGAAAAAGUUAAUGCUGAUUUUGGGGCAAUUUUCAGUGAAUUGUUGCCAAACAAUUUUGCAAAACUUCAACCACCAGCAAAUAAAGAAUUAAAAGAUGGUUUAGAAGUUAAAGUACAACUUGGCUCAGUAUGGAAAGAGGGUUUAAAUGAAUUAAGUGGUGGACAAAGAUCACUUAUUGCAUUAUCAUUGAUUUUAGCUUUAUUACAAUUUAAACCAGCACCAAUGUACAUUCUUGAUGAAGUGGAUGCAGCUCUUGAUUUAUCACAUACACAAAACAUUGGACAACUGUUACGAACUAGAUUUAAAGGAUCGCAAUUUAUUGUAAUAUCAUUAAAAGAAGAAUUAUUUAAUAAUGCUAAUGUUUUGUUUAUUGCAAGAUUUAGAGAUGGUACAUCAAUUGUUGAAAGAAAAACAAGAGCUUAA